AUGGAUUUCGACCUAGAGUCAUUCGAUUGGACCACAUCACUCCCUUCCCAACCACCCAACCCAAUAGACCUCGAUGGAGCUGGCGCCAUUUGUGAAACAAAACGAUUUGAUUCGUUUUGGAAUACUUCCGGAGACCGGGUCAUCCUGCCAGCUGGCAAAAAGUACACUUCCAAGACAGCGCGCGCCAAUGAAAGCGCUCUGACUGUCACGAACUACUGGGACAAAGAGCAGGACCUUGAGAAGACUGUGCUUGAGAUAAAAUCGCCGUUCAUGAAAGCGGCCAUCAAGGCGGCCAUUCCGGAGUACGCAGCUUUCAAUGUCAAUGUUAAGAACAUCACUAUUAUCGGCGAGCCUCAUUGUUUGUUCCAAUAUCGCGAGGAAAUCAUGAGUUAUGGGCGAGGGAUGUCGGAAAGUGAAAACGAGGAAGCGGCAAAUCACGUACAGCACCUUAUUGCCCACAUGUGGGAGGUCUUUGCCGCAGAAAUAAUUCAUUUCAACGCUUUGGAGUGGCUCGCUGACUUUGAACCGGGCCUGGAGCAUAAGCACUUAUGGAUGAUUUUUAGGCCUGGCGAUCUCAUAUAUGUCCGAGACGAUAUUCCAAAAGCCUUUAGACUUGACAGGAUGAUAUUAUCGGGAAAGAACUGGCGCUUCUAUGGAAAUGAUAUCGAUUAUAACGGCACUCAUUUUGGUUACUCCGAAGUCACUGAAACUAUCGAAUACUAUGAAGGUUUGAAGCCGCUCAAGGAGCUCAGUGUCAUUCCUUUUGGUCGUUUGCCGGAAGAAGAGAAGCAAAUUAAUAGAGAGAUACUUAUAUGUCGUGGUCGCAAGUUUGUAGGCAUCCACGGAAAACGUUAUCUUUGGUUCGAAGAUGGCCCUGGUAGAUCUUCAGGCUGGCAGAUGAAAACACGGAUUAUGGCGGACCAUGACGGCUGGUGUGACACGGAUUUAGGCUGGCGGGUGUCCUUGCGUGAUGACAAGAAGAAGUAUAAGCCUGAAGAUGCCCUAGAAAGCCUGACAGAAGAAGAAUUCAUGAUAUGCUACACUCGCAUUGCAGGAUAUUCAUUGAGGGAGAACAAAUGGGGAAGAUUUCACAUUGAUGAUAUCGGAGAAAUCACCUUUGACUCAGCAGCUUUCAAAGAUCUCAUUCUCCCUAAAGAUCAGAAGGCGCAGCUACUUUCUCUUAUCAGUGUACAUGAGGACGAUGGAUUUUCCUUUGACGACCUCAUCAAGGGGAAGGGGAAGGGAAUGACAUUCCUGCUGUAUGGGGAACCUGGACUUGGGAAAACACUAACAGCCGAAAGUGUUGCGGACUACUGUAAAAAGCCUCUCGUUCGGCUCGAUGCCGGCACACUUGGAACCUCACCAAAGUCGGUAGAGGAGGGACUGAGAAACGCAUUCCGUCUUGCCGAAAGAUGGCAUGCGCUUCUUCUUCUCGAUGAAGCUGACGUAUAUCUUGAGCAAAGAAAGUCGAGAAACCUGACUCACAACGGUGUUAUUUCUGAGAGCGCAAAAGCACUAAAGCUUGAUGGUACCCUGAAAGAGAUCGCAAAAGAAAAACUAAAUGGUCGACAGAUCAAAAACAUUGUUCGUACAGCAUGUGCCUUGGCACGAGGGGACAGUAGCGCUGAUGGCAACGUCUGUAAACGUCAUUUGGAGACAUCCCUGCGGCCUAUGAAGAGAUUCAAUCGAACGAUGGAGCGUGUGAGGCUAAAUGAAGAGAAACAAGUGUUGGGUAUAAAGGAAGUAGUAGAAGAAGAACAAGAACAUGAAGAUGAAGAUGAAGUGGAUUCGGAUGAGAAAGAGAGCGGUGAUGAGGAAGAUGAGGAAGAUGAGGAAGAUGAUGAAAAUGGGGAAGGUGGCUCCGAUGAAUUCGAAGAGUCGGAAUAUGAGAUUGACUUGACCGGCGAGCAGAAUGAGCAAGAUGAGUUGGAUGCAGAGAGUGAGGAAGAUAUUGAUGGCGGUGGCGAGGAGGACACUGAAUCUCGGCAGAAUAAGCGUAGGCGGCUACUCUAA